CCCUCUGGUCCCGAGACCCAGGAAGCGCGGUUCUCCUCUCCUCUCCUCUCCUCUCCCCUCCCGCCGCCUUUUUCCGUCCUUUGCUCUUGCUCUCCACAACCAUCAGCACUCCCCCGAUCGAGUCCGGGCGAUUCUAUCCCUUUCUUGAAGAACUAAUGGCGCUGUGGCAUCGAAUCAGAUCGACCAGGCUCGGAUCCCUGUCCCACCAAUGCCAGAGAUGGUACUCCCCAUUCCCUGGAGCCGCCGGGGACGCCGGUGCUCCUGCGGUGGGCCUCCCUGAUGGGCGUUGGAGGUCGAGGGCCUUGGAGUGCCCUCUUGGGGCACCGCCCGUCCGCCCCACCCCGGGCUUCGAGUACACCACAGUGAGAUCCUUUGCAGCUCCCGUCCAGGCGAAAUCGAAACCAAAACCAGCUGCGGAUGCCUCUAAUGGGCCUCGAACGAAUGGGGCGAUCACUGCUGCGUAUGUUCGACUUGUUACGGAUGAAGGGCAUGGUAUUGUCUCGAUAAGGGAAGCACUUGAUCGUGCAAUGAAGCUCAAUCUUGACUUGGUUGAGGUUCAAAGAACUGCAAAUCCACCUGUUUGCAAGAUGAUGGACUUCCAUAAGGAGAAGUACAAACAAGAUGUAAAGGAAAAAGAACGUGCAAAGACCAAGUCUGCUCUGACAUUACGCGGUGGGGAGAACAAAGAGGUUCGCUUUAAAGCAAAAACUGAAUUAAAAGACCUAAAAACUAAAGCAGAUCAAAUUACGAGAUUGAUGGAGCGUGGUUACAGGGUGAAGUGUAUGGCCAUGCCCAUGGGUAAAGAAGAUGAAGACCUUGGAGGCCCGCUAUCACGUCUUUUAGCUCUGAUAGAAGAUGUUUCUGUUGUGGAAAGUGGUCCACAUGUGGAUUCAAGGCAAGCAUAUGUGAUAGUCAGGCACGUCAAGUUCACAACAAAGAAAUCUGGAAAGAAAGCAAGCAAGGUUGUGGAUGCUGUGAGUAAGGGGAUCCAAAGUCCUGUUCCUAACACACCUUCAACAGUGAGUAGCAUAAUCCAAGAUGAGAUGCCACAGGCUGAAGAUGAAUGGGAACCUACCGAGUGCAGUUCAGAACCUGAGGGUGAUCCCUCCUAUGACCAAGUAGAAGCAAAUGCUCAGCAUCUCAUAGGUGAACCUACCCCAUUGUUAAAUGGAGCAUCUGAUCAAGACUUCGGUAAGGAAAGAGGUUGGUCUCAAUUCAAUGCAACCGAUGAUUUUAAGGAAGCAUUUGGUUUUGAUUCUCGAAUGAACAGUGUUGAGUCUGGUUUUAGUGGAAGUACUAGUCCAGUCUUACAUCCCCCUCCAGAAGAUAAUAGUAGUAACCUAUCAAAUCAGAAAUUUUCUGCUGCUUCAGUCGGUGGUGGCUUUCCGGCUUCUAAGCCUGGACUUGACUUACUGAAAGCAAAAAUGGCAAUGAAGGAAGAGCCUUCUGUUGUGGAGACUAAUCGUUAUGCCAAACGAAGUGAUCCGAAGGGGAGGUUCCAUCAGACAAAAUUGGCACAGGGACGUGCAGCACCUGAUAUGAAUCAAAGGAGGAUGCCACCAGAGCCCGCUAGAAUUGAAAGUCAAAGGUGUGAUCAGGCUGAUCAAAAGCAAAGACAGUUCCAUCCAAGUAAUUCUACUUCACCAUCCCCAAGCUAUGGAAUUUUAAGCAUUCAAAGUUCUGCCAGUCAAGGCAAAUCAUCUGGCAAUAAGCCUGUUGAUCCCAGUUCAUCACCCCAAAGCUAUAGGAUUUUCAAUGCUAAAAAAACUGCGGUUUCUGGAGAUCAACGGAACUUGGGAGAUUCAAAAUGUGGCGAGUCCGGUAAUCCUGGUCAACGAACACCAAGUUAUGGAAUUUUUAGUACUCCCAAAACUUUUCCCCAAGGUGGUCAAGCAAACUCGGGAGCUGAGACUAUGAGUAAGCCUGAAAAUGCCACGUUACAGAGACCUAGUUAUGGAAUUUUCAGUGCGAGAAAACCUGCAGCUGGCUCCAGCGAGCAGAGGAACUUGAGAGAUGCGAAUCCUGGUAAGGCCAAUAAUCCUAGCUCACCAUCUCCAAGAUACGGUAUUUUCAGUGCUACAAACACUGCUUCCAGAAGCAAUUGAAGGAGCUAUGAAGAUGCAACUGAGUAUUUGGAGGGGAACCCAAUUAAUCUCCAUCAAGAAUCCCCUGAAUAUUUCAAAAAUUGGAAGUUGAGAGCCUGCGAAGGGAUUAUUGGUAUGGCUGGGGGAAUGGUGGGAUAUUUGGUAAAGAGAACCCACUGUCACCCACCAUAGCGCUUUUUGAUAGUGAAUUCAGCAACCCCAAGUUAACAUAUAGUAUGUACCAUCGCUUUAUAUUCAUAUAUUUAUUUUCUUACAAUUUAUUGUUUUCGCCGUGCUUCAAAUGAAAACCCUUUACAAAUUUAGUUAUAUUUUGGUCGAUAUCCUCAGAUGUGCCAUUAUUGGUGCUAUCGAGUAGAUGUGCUAUUUUUAUAACAAUAAAUCCUCAUGGUCUUAUAUAAAA